AGGUGAGGACAUGAGAAGAAAGAGAGAGACAGUAGAUUAGAUGUUUGCCUACGUACUAGGCCUAUUUCGAGUGAAAGUGGAAAGAAUGGGUCAGUUAAUUUGCAUUUCUGCUUAGUAUAUUUGCACAAAAGUUUCUAAAAUCCACCCAACAUGAUUACGAAACGGUGGUACUUUCAGACAAUUCUUCAUAGGUUUCGGCAAGGACGAUGACUCAAGGAAUUGAUUCUUUCGGUUCGACUGCGUGAAAAGGAAAACUAAAAAGAAUCUUUUAGUUUGGAUAUCUAGAGAGAACUAAUAGACGAGAAAAUCGGACACGGGGUCCCUGAUCAGCACUUUGGGAAGCUAUAUGUAGCACUGUAAGAAUUGUUUGUCUCGGCUCAACUGAAAAGGAAAUCUGUACCUAUUUGAUUUUGGUUGUCUCGCGAGGAUAAUAUAGAGACAAUACAAAAACUCACCGUGAAGCUACAUGGAACAGGGGAAUAAUAGGACCUUCCCAGAAAAACAACAUGGCCCUAAAACCGGAAGUGGAUGGGUCCAACCGGAAGACAGGACUGUGCCCAUCACAACGACAAGCAGAAGGUACCAGGACAGGGUGUCUUGGUGGGCCGUCUUCUACAGGUCGGUCCCGGAUGGGAUCGGAAUCGGAGGAAUGAAAUACGUCUUCAACCCGGUGGAAGUCACAUUUAGAAGGUUAUUCUGGUUGCUCCUCAUCUUAUCUGGAGUCGGUUUGCUAACAUACCAUGUCACUAUACGAGCCCUUUAUCUAGCCACCUACCCGAAUAGUGUGACUGUGAUUACCAAAUAUGAAGAAGUCCUCGCCUUUCCAACAGUGGCAAUAUGCAACUACAACACCUACAGACGGUCUGCUGUUGAAGGGACUCAGUUUGCAGACUUCCUCAAUGAAUUGUUCGACAAUUACUUCGCCGUGAAUACGUCAAGUCCGCACGCUCCUUAUGUGGACUCGGUCACGAUGAGCGAGCUAUUCACUCAAUACGGACAUCGAGCUGAAGAAACAAUUUCCUUUGGGACAUGGAGGAGUACUGGGGCACUCAGUCAUGCUAACUUUACGACCAAGGUAACUGACUGGGGUCUGUGUUUCAUUUUUAACGAUGCAAGCAAUGGAAACCCACCUGUAACCGUCACACGAUCUGGUAAACCGCACGGACUGGAACUCUUGCUUAAUGUUCAGCAAUACGAAAGCUUCCUCGAGCCGAAUGGAAGAAUCUCGACAGGAUUUCAAGUCCAUAUCUACGAUUAUGGCACUGAACCGCGCGUUGUUGAUCAUGGCUUUGGAAUCGCACCCGGAACGCACACCCAUGUAGCAGUUGAAGUGACCGAGACUUCCAAUCUGGAACCGCCUUACGGGGUGUGCCACGAUAAACCCCUGAAGUAUUUUGAUAAAUAUGGUUUUCCUGAAUGCUUCAUUGAAUGUCAAAGCGAUUAUUUCUAUAACGCCUGUGGAUGCAAAUUCUUCGCUACCCCGAUGGCAAGCAAUGAGGCAGAAUGCACUGUUCUUGGGUUCUACACGUGUGGAAAUCAAUACUAUGGCUCGUUCGUUCAAAACCAUACAUGUGACUGCCCGGUGCCUUGUUUUAUAAGAUCGUACAGACCAACUAUCUCAACCACGGCAUACCCUUCGGCAUACUGGGAGCAAAAGGUGGCAGCUAUAUCCCCUGUUUCGGAAGAUUAUAUGAAGGAAAACUUUUGCAUGCUUUCGAUAUACUUUAAAGAGAUGAGCAUCCUGCAGAUCACCCAGAAAAUCGAUUAUAAUUUCUUCGGUUUUUUAUGUGACGUGGGUGGUUCACUGGGACUGUGGCUUGGUGGCAGCAUCCUCACAUUCUUUGAAUUCUUUGAUCUCUUCGGAUAUUCGCUAUUUACUUAUUUCAAACGGAUACCCAAUUCUAGAAAAUGAGUUUUCAGGGCCCAUUCUACAAUCCCCGGGUAGCGUUCCACGGAGCGUCUUGUCGGUGACUUUUCAUCGUUAAAGUUGGUCUCAGCCAAUCAAAAUGCAAGGAUCUCAGUUUUCCGUAAAAGUAGUCAACAUGCCACAGAAAAUGGCUUUUUAUACACUGUAAAACGCUGUUUAAAAUCUUUAUACAACGCUGUACUAUAUGUAUAUUACAGAAAUUGUUUAAAAGUUUAAAUUCACUAAAGAUUUAAUAUUAAAAUGGAAUUUGUGAUGUAAGAUUUUAAACACUUGUUUAAACUGCGAGAUAUAAUUACUAAAAAUAAAUAAACUGCGUUUUUCCUGUGUAAAACGCUUUCUACAUUCCAAUUCUCGAAUGACAGUAAGGCAGUACGUCACAUCGAUAUUUAAUAAAACUGGCUUGAGUCCUGAUAUGCUCAAAUAACUCCUUAUUCUUUUCCCCGAAUGCAAUAUUCCUACCUCAUACCUCUUCUAUAGACACAAAAUAAUGGUUAUAUACGUGUUUGUAGAAUUUUCAAACAAGACAAUUAGAUUGCCUCCAACAUGAUCAAAUAUUCUUCUCUUUCCUCUUCCGAUAGAGAUCAAUUUUCCGUCAAAGUUUAAUUUUAUUCAUUGUAUCAUACUUUUUUUAGAGAUUAUCUGUAUAUUUUGCGGCAUGUAAGUUUAUUGAACCACCCCAUUUAUGCAGCUUAUUUUCUUGGAUGUCAGUUCCCGUUUGACACCUGAUUUCAAAGGAAACACUUGAUAAUGUUGAAAAUGGAGAAUUAAUGGAGAUUUUAUCGUCUCUCGUCAUUAAUUCCACCCCCGGUAGCUUAAUGAAUAUAAUAGAAUAUUCAAGUUAAAAUUAGAUUAGCCAUAGUGCACUAUACUGUUGUGUUCAGUCUACUGAGUCUUGAUUUGAUAUAUAAAUAUAUUGUAUUUUUCAUACAUUCUUAAAAUCUGUUUGAUGUAAUAUCAUGUACAUAGAAAUGUUUAGAUAAAAU